AUCAAGGCUUUCACUGUCUUACUUCUCCAUUCCAUAGCUUUCCACUAUUAAACGUGUGGAAAAUAACUUCUCAACUCGGGGAGAUGAACACUGUGUAGAGUAUAUAAUCACACUUUCAUAUCAACCUCGUUGCGAGGUCUCAAUGUGGUGUGGCGGUAGGUACACCUCGCGCAAACUCAAGCUCAAGUAACGUUUUCCCUCCUCAUCUCCAUCAAUCAACCACCACAGGCAUGGUAAAAAUACAAUUCCUCUCUGAUCUUCAUCUGCAGGCUCCAGCAGCGUACGAUGUCUUUGAAAUUACUCCAACAGCAGAGUACCUCGCGCUGCUCGGGGACAUUGGCUACACCAAGGACGUCGGUUUGAUCGAAUUCCUUGGAAAACACCUGGCUAAAUUCAAAAUCAUCUUCUAUGUGCUCGGCAACCAUGAGCCAUACCACUCGUCUUAUGCGGCUAGCAAGCAACAUCUUCUCACGCUCCAGGCUGAAACCGAACAACAAGCAAGUGGGAAGUUCGUCCUCCUUGACCAAACGCGGUACGAUAUCUCGCCAACGGUGUCUAUUCUCGGCUGCACGCUCUUCUCCAACAUCACAGCUGCUCAGCAAGACUCUGUCAAUUUCGGGCUCAAUGAUUUCUACCACAUCGAGAAUUGGACCGUGGAGGAGCAUGUGCAGGAGCACGAAUCCGAGCUCCGUUGGCUCAAUGCGGAAAUUCAGAAGCUCAUGGAAGCAUCGCACCGCAAGAUCAUCGUCAUGUCACACUACUCUCCGACCGAUGAUGCUCGUGCUAUCGAUCCCAAACACAAGAGCAGUACUAUUUCUUCUGGCUUCAUGACUGAUCUGUCCCAGGAGAUUUGCUUCUCCUCGGAACGUGUGGCGGUGUGGGCGUUCGGACACACGCAUUUCAACUGUGAUUUUGAACACGAAACGCAUCAGACCAGACUCGUUACGAAUCAGCGUGGUUACUACUUCGCGCAAUCGAAUGGCUUCGAUCCGGGGAAGAUGGUUGAGCUUUGAAGAGGCUCAGACCUGAAGAAGGUGAGAGAUGGAAGAUGGGGAAAUGAAUGAGAGAGGUGGUAGGGCGCCCUUUGGAAGAAGCCAUGCUUCCCUUGGUUCUCCCCGGCUCCAUGUUUCACGCAUAUCGGCCCACCAUUCGGGGGGCACAAGUCGAUGAAGCGGUUAGAUAACCAGCAGCUCGUCGAACAAAGACCUCCCAGCUUUUCAGUUGAGUGAAGGCGUCAUCUCGCCACUUCUGGUAG